GACCAAGUGGCCAAUUACCUCUCUCAAUCAUCUCCAUCCACACAUCAUCAUCAUUACCAUAGACCCAAUGGAGGAGCCCUUGUCUACGAUCUUGACGGAUCAGUCCGUCUCCUCAGCUUCGACCCCAUCCUUCGCUUCCCGUCCUGCUAGGCGAACGCUGUUUGUCCACUUGGUUUUCGAUACCAUCCUUCUGGAAAAGGCUAGUAAUCAUCGCACCAACCAAUCAGCUGCAGCCCCUACUGGAUCAGACUACGUCUUUGUUUCGCUUAAGGAGCUUGAGAAGGCCUUUAAAAUUGUUCAAAAGAAAUGUUCAGAGAACAGCAAGGGCAACCCAAAGCACUAUCAGAGCGUAACCAUGACAGCUCAACUAGAGAGAUUCGGACUGAGUGAGGAAGCUAAUCUGAGGACAUAUAUUCAAGGGCACGCUGGUGCCAGCGGAAUCUUCUUACCCUCCCCUUCUCAACAAAAUGAAGAUCUGCAAAAUGAAAACAAACAACAACCAAGGAAGCGCUUGCCAUACUUGCGGAUUGUAGCAAAAGAGGGCUUAUCUGGUGUCGAGGUCCCAAAGGUAGAUGCAGCAGGGAUUAAAAAAUUUGAGGAUGUAUACGCAACUAUACCAACAUCAUGGCAGGAAACGAUCUCAAAGAUUGUUUACAAGCUCCGGGAAGAGCUUUGGGAUCGUCCUGUUCAAAUCACGGAGCUGGGGUCAAUUCCAUAUUCUGUUGCUUUAUAUGGAGCAUAUAGCUUCAAGAGUAAACAAGAAAAAUCUAGAUCGAACCCAACGGAAUUAGAUGGAAGUGCACAUCUAGCUGCAAUAAAAAGUCAACUGGAAGGCCUGCAGAUUAAAGCAGAAAAAACUAAGGCCACAUAUGGACUCCAAGGCCCUAUGGCCCUUCCGAUCAUCGAACCCACGGGUGACGCAUACCAAACGCUUAGCAUCGCUAUGAAUUCGCUCUAUCAGCGUCUACAACCGAGUCAGGAAUAUCUCAGGAAGCGUUCGCGCCUGAUUAAAAAAUUGCAAAGCAUUUUGGAUGCAGCGUUCCCAACUGAUAGUCUUCGUCUUGAAGUCUUUGGAUCGUGCGCCAGUGGCCUUGGAUCAGAAACAAGCGAUGCGGAUCUUUGUAUAACUUCGGAUUUUUUUCAGAAGUCGCGACCCUAUAAUGACAUGGGUAAUUUGGCGACAGUACUAAGACGAGGCGGCAUGAUUAAAGUCAAGCCGAUUACGGGUGCCCGAGUGCCCAUCGUCAAAUUUGUUGAUCCAGAUUCGAGAAUCAAUUGCGAUAUCAACACAAACCGUGUUUUAGGCGUCUACAAUAGCGAACUCAUACGGUGUUACACCAUGAUCGAUGACCGUGUGAAACCACUUCUGUACACUAUUAAGGACCUUGUGAAAAGGCAUCGUAUUAACGACUCUAGCCAAUCUUGGCUGAGUAGUUAUGCCUAUGUAAUGAUGGCAAUAGGGUUUCUGCAAGCACAGGACCCACCUAUUCUACCGUCACUGCAAGCUCAACCAGCGGAAUGUAUGAUGCCAUUACAUGUUAUAGAGGAAGAUCGGAGAGGCAAAGCGGUGUAUGAUUGCACAUUCGACCAUGAAUUUAGUCGGCAUCAGAACUUUGGUGCUAAAAAUACCAAACCUGUCGGACAGCUCUUAAUUGAGUUUUUUGAAUUCUACACGCGGUAUUUCGAUUAUCAAACCAUGGAAGUCAAUGUACGAUUAGGCGGGGUCAGAGUACGAGAUGAAAUUACGCGACGGAAAAUGAUGCCCCUGCCUGGCAAGGGUGAGAAGAGACUGAUAGUCAUGGAUCCAUUUAUUCGAGACCGUAAUGUCGCUAAAACAUGUACGGGACGUCAUUUAAUUAGGGUAUGGACGGUUUUUGAGAGAAUCUAUUUGAUUCUUUGCCGGGGUGAGUUCCAAAAAGCAUUCCAGUAUAUCCCAGAGUCUUCCCAAGGCGAAGAAACGUAUGCUACUUCCGGACGUCGAGUUAAAAUCGCUGAAGUUACCACGGUCACUACCAGUGUAUCAAAUCGGCCUCGUGACAAGAGGAUAGAGUCGAAAUAUGGGAAGGUGUUUCAAAGAUCUAUUACGAAGAAUAACGAUAUACCAGCAGCUCCUUUGGCCUCUCAGUCACAACAGGGACGACCUAUUCAAGCUAACGGAGCAGUUAACAAUCGAGCUUCUGCGAUUUCCCCCGCCCUCCAUGGCCCGCUGCCAACAGCCCACAAUAGCACUAUACAUGAAAGUCAGAACAGUAAUGCGAACAAUAAUGGAAGUGAGAACCUUAUGUCUGAUAAUCAAACCAAGUCAAUGAAACGUCGUAAUCGAAAGGCUGUUGCUGCCAAAGCCCACCAACAUGAUGAUGAGAAAAGUGGGCUAAGAGCUGUUACCAACCCAGCUUCAUUGGGCCAUCAGGGUCAACACCAAAAAAAUGCUCCAGGCGCGGCCCCACCCUCCUGGAGGUCGUAUAAACAACAGCAACAACAGAAGCAAUAGCAACAACGAUUGCAUGGGUUGCUUACCUUAGUAAAGGCACAAAAUAGGAAGACAAACAGCGCAGAUCCCUUAGCAUCAGGUGCAGCACCAAAGGAUGAUAUAAGUGGUGGAUUCGGCUCAAGUAUAAAGAGUAACUCAAAAAG